UUGACCUUGUACUUUCAUAUCGCUAGCAAUGCCGCCGAAAGCUGACUGGGAGAAGUGGGAGAAGAAGGGAGACGGCAAGGAUGACGAAAAGAUCGUCGCCUUGGACGAGAGUGACAUACAGAUCCUCAAGACCUACGGUCAAGGUCCCUAUGCGGAGCAGUUGAAGAAGAUAGAAAACGACAUCAAGGAGAUUCAGAAGCGUAUCAACGAGAAGCUUGGCGUGAAGGAAUCUGAGACUGGUCUGGCCUCUCCUAACCUUUGGGAUCUCCCAGCCGAUCGGCAGCGUAUGGCGGAAGAGCAUCCUCUUCAGGUUGCGCGCUGCACCAAGAUCAUACCCAUGGACCCGAAGGCUGCCGAGGCUGCGAAGGCUCUUAACCCUGCAGGCGCCGCGCAGGGCCAGAAAGGCGCCGACGAGCAGGACAAGUACGUUAUCAACAUCAAGCAGAUCGCCAAGUUCGUGGUCGGUCUUGGUGACAGGGUAGCGGCUACCGACAUAGAGGAGGGAAUGCGAGUAGGAGUCGACCGGAACAAGUAUCAAAUACAAAUCCCAUUGCCACCGAAGAUUGACGCGUCGGUUACAAUGAUGCAAGUGGAAGAGAAACCGGACGUGACCUACUCCGACGUUGGUGGCUGCAAGGAGCAGAUCGAGAAGUUGCGAGAGGUUGUGGAGACGCCAUUGCUCCAUCCCGAACGCUUUGUUGGCUUGGGUAUAGAUCCUCCGAAAGGCGUUCUGCUAUUCGGUCCUCCGGGAACUGGCAAGACUCUUUGCGCCCGUGCGGUUGCGAACAGGACAGACGCCACGUUCAUCCGUGUUAUUGGGUCUGAGCUCGUACAAAAGUACGUUGGCGAAGGCGCGCGCAUGGUCCGCGAACUCUUCGAGAUGGCACGAUCCAAGAAGGCGUGCAUCAUCUUCUUCGACGAAGUCGACGCAAUUGGAGGAGCCCGAUUUGACGAUGGUGCCGGUGGCGACAACGAAGUGCAGAGGACUAUGUUGGAGCUGAUCAACCAACUGGAUGGAUUCGACCCGCGCGGUAACAUCAAGGUGCUCAUGGCUACAAACAGGCCCGACACCCUUGAUCCCGCUUUGCUCCGCCCGGGACGUCUCGACCGUCGGGUGGAGUUCAGCUUACCCGAUAACGAAGGUCGGGCGCAUAUUCUUCGCAUACACGCGCGUAGUAUGAGCGUCGAACGCAACAUACGAUUUGAUCUCAUCGCCCGUCUGUGCCCCAACACGACCGGUGCGGAGCUGCGGUCCGUCGCCACCGAGGCUGGCAUGUUUGCUAUUCGCGCAAGGCGGAAGGUGGCGACCGAGCGUGACUUCCUGGACGCUGUCGACAAGGUUGUUCGGCAAGGCACGAAGUUCUCCUCCACGCGGGGACCGGAACCUCCGUCUCCUGAGCUCACGGCCUUGUUAACAAAGUUCGCGGAGCAACGUAGCAAUCCGCUCACCCUAUCUGCGCUGCUUUCCUUCGCCGAUCCCCUAAACGAGGACUCUGUCCUAGCCUCCGCACGAUAUGUUCACUCCGAGAUCCCAAGGAGACUGGCAAGCCGGGUGCAAUCCCUCGAACUGCUCCCCUUCAUCGUGGGCACCAACCCGUAUAUCGAGCAUAUCCGGGAUGCUCAUCGCAGGAGCUUCGAAGUCCUCGCGAAACACCCGGAUAUACGAACGUUGGAGGACAACGUCAAGUAUACAUCCGUUUUGCAGGAUCUGGUAGAACGUCAUGCACAAGACAUACCACUCAUGGCCAAGAGCUUCCAAGAAUGCGUGAGGUACAUGCCCAGCGGGGAUAUAGGCGUCUUUCUCGACGGUGCCAUUCGCAAUCGCAUUGCCGUGCGACUCAUUGCCGAGCAACAUAUCGCCAUCUCGCAUGCACUGCAGAAGGCUCAGAAGCGUAUUGGCAACUCUGGUGUAAUCGACAUGACAUGCUCCCCGAAGGGUGUUCUGCAAACUUGCCAAGCCUUCGUACAGGACCUUUGCGAGGCCACGCUUGGAUCCAGCCCCUCCAUAGUCAUCGAUGGUCACUCCGAAGCAACAUUUGCAUAUGCCCCUGUGCACCUCAUCUACAUCCUCACAGAGAUACUCAAGAACUCGUUCCGCGCCACCGUCGAGCACCACUAUAAACAGCAUGGCAGGUCCUACGCCAAACCGCCCCCUCCCAUCUUGAUCACCAUUGCCACCCCUCCCGUUACGAAGGAUGGGACCACACCUUUCCUUUCAUUACGAAUACGAGACCAAGGCGGAGGUGUGGCACCUGCGCACAUGCAGAAGAUCUUUUCAUAUGCUUUUACCACCGCCGGCGACACGGGUGUGGGUGGGAAUCAAGACGAGAUUGGAGGCGGACCUUAUGCUGCUCAGCACGUCGGGGGCGCUGCUGCGCUUGAUGACCUUGGGUCCGAUGACGGGGCUCUAUUCGGGGCCAUUACUGAGAAAGGGCUGCAAACUGGCAUGGGAACCAUAGCAGGAUUGGGCUAUGGUUUGCCUAUGAGUCGACUGUAUGCCAAGUAUUGGGGCGGGUCGCUGGAUUUAUUAUCGUUAGACGGAUGGGGAUCCGACACGUUCCUUCGAUUGCGAUGUCUCGAUGCGGCCGGUGACAUUGUCAUCUAG